CGGGCGGAGCUCGCUGAGCAGCCUGGGAGCGGCGGCGGCGGCCGGAGGAGCGGGCAGGAUCAGAGCACCUUGGAAUAAAUGUAAGGACAAAUUCUGCACUAGCUGAAACUACCUUAGAAAGUCAUGGCUGCUGCCCCACAUCUCAACUCAGAUGCCCUCCGGGAAGUCCUGGAAUGUCCCAUUUGCAUGGAGUCCUUUACAGAAGACCAACUGAGACCCAAACUCUUACACUGUGGGCACACCAUUUGCAGGCAAUGCUUGGAGAAACUGCUGGCGAACAGCAUUAAUGGGAUACGCUGCCCCUUCUGCAGCAAGAUCACUCGAAUCACAAACUUGGCUCAGCUGACUGACAACCUCACAGUGCUGAAGAUCAUAGACACUGCAGGGCUGAGCGAGGCUGUGGGGCUUCUCAUGUGCAAGGCUUGUGGAAGGAGGCUCCCCAGGCACUUCUGCAAGAGUUGCAACUUAGUUCUGUGUGAGCCAUGCAAAGAGAUGGAGCACGUGCAACGAGGGCACGACAUCAUUGCUAUCAAAGAGGCUGCCGAUGAGAGAAGGAAGGAAUUUGGGGCAAAGCUUGGCAGGUUACGGGAGCUCAUGGGGGAUCUGCAGAAGAAGAAAGCAUCACUGGAGGGGGUCUCCAAAGACUUGCAAGCCAGAUACAAAGCAGUCCUGCAGGAUUACAGCAAGGAGGAGCGCAAGAUCCAAGAGGAAUUGUCUCGGUCACGCAAGUUCUUCAUGAACUCUUUGUCAGAAGUGGAGAAAGUAAAUAACCAGAUAAUGGAAGAACAAGCUUAUCUGCUGAACUUAGCAGAGGUGCAGAUAGUGUCCCGGUGUGACUACUUCCUUGCCAAAAUUAAGCAGGGAGAUAUAGCUGUUUUGGAGGAGGCAGCAGAUGAAGAAGAGCCAGAGCUGACCAAUAACUUCCCAAGAGAGCUGACUCUGCAAGAGGUUGAGCUCCUCAAGGUGGGCCAUGUGGGGCCACUGCAGAUUGGGCAGGUGGUAAAGAAACCUCGGACUGUCAACAUGGAAGAAUCGCUGAUGGAGACUGUCGCAUCCUCAUCGGUGUCAUUUAGAGAGAUUGACGUGGGGCAGGAAGAGACUUGUUUGACACCAAACUCUUCACCGGCUAAGCCAAGGAUGCCUGAAACAGCCUCUAGUAUCCAACAGUGUAACUUCAUCAAGAAGAUGGGCUCUAAAGGCAGCCAGCCAGGGAUGUUUAAUCUUCCCGUCAGUCUCCAUGUCACUGUCCAGGGAGAGGUACUAGUGGCAGAUCGUGGCAAUUUCCGAAUCCAGGUAUUUACCCGCAAGGGCUUUCUGAAAGAGAUCCGGAGGAGCCCUAGUGGCAUCGAUAGCUUUGUACUGAGUUUCCUUGGAGCGGACCUACCUAAUUUGACUCCUCUUUCUGUCACCAUGAACUGCCAUGGUCUGAUAGGAGUGACUGAUAGCUAUGAUAACUCAGUAAAGGUGUAUACCAUGGAUGGACAUUGUGUGGCAUGUCACAGAAGCCAGCUAAGUAAGCCGUGGGGCAUCACUGCUCUGCCUUCUGGGCAGUUUGUUGUGACCGAUGUGGAAGGGGGAAAGCUUUGGUGUUUUACUGUGGACCGCAGCGUUGGCAUAGUUAAGUACAGUUGCCUAUGCAGUGCAGUGCGCCCAAAGUUUGUCACUUGUGACACUGAAGGAACUAUAUACUUCACUCAAGGGCUGGGACUCAACCUGGAGAACCGUCAGCAUGAGCACCACCUGGAAGGGGGCUUUUCAAUUGGCUCUGUUGGUCCGGAUGGGCAGCUAGGCCGCCAGAUCAGCCACUUCUUCUCGGAGAAUGAGGAUUUCCGGUGCAUUGCUGGGAUGUGUGUGGAUGCCAGGGGAGAUCUGAUUGUUGCGGACAGCAGCCGUAAAGAAAUUCUGCAUUUUCCUAAAGGAGGUGGCUACAACAUCUUAAUCAGAGAAGGACUCAUCUGCCCUGUUGGAAUAGCCAUUACACCCAAGGGGCAGCUGCUAGUGCUGGACUGCUGGGAUCACUGCAUUAAGAUCUACAGUUACCAUUUAAGGAGAUACUCAACACCGUAAGGGCAUUUCAGUGCAUAAAAGCGCCUCUCAUAGAUUCUUCCAGCCUCAUCACAACUUGACAGUAGUCAGUGCCAAACCUUCGGGUAGACUGCCAUACCAGUUUGGAGGGUGGCACAUAGGGGCCAUCUGUAUUUUGUGUUUAGAAAUCAAAUAGCUUGUGUGGUGUUUUUUUUUAUUUGUAAAAAAAAAAACCCCUUUGUUGGAGUGAAGGGUAUUUGGAGAGUACAGGUUUUGUGUCCAGUGACUGAUCACUCCAUAAACAUUACCUCCUUGUGCUGCAGCUUCCACCACUGCAUGUUUCUUUGUGCCAUAAACAUUGACUGACCAUUGUAAAUCGCUUUUCCUUAGAGGAUCAGAGAAGUGAUACUAGUCUCACCAUGAUGCUUGCGAGGAACUCAGUAGCAGUUGUCUGGACAACUAUGAUGGAAAAAACUUUCUGAUUACAGGACUGCAGCUGCCUAAAGCAAAACAGCCUUCCUAAACUGCAUAGAGCGGCAGGUGGCUUAAAGCUGAAGAGCAGGGGCUGGCUUACUCUGUCUUUCUAGUAUUUAGGAAAUUGUCUUCAUGGUGCCAUGGGUGAACCCAGCUUGGUCUUCGUGUUUAUUCAAUAUGAAGUGGGGACAGUGCAAUCCUGGAAGACUGACAGGAGCUAGAGAACCGCUCUCUAACUGCAAGCAGGAUUUUAUUAUAUGGAAAGAGUUUGAUUAGCAUGAGGAAAGUAUAAAGAGAGUAGGGGUAGGGAGGGAAGGGAGGCAGGGUCAAUGGGAAGAGAGAAUGGGAUGGCAAACCUAUUUAACAGAAUUGAUUUCAAUCUGUCAACAUUCAAAAUUGUUUUACUAUUAAAUGUAGCUUGGAAACUGUC